AAUAGUAUGAUAUCUUCAUCAUAUCCAAAACUCAAAAUAGGAAACAGUACAAUGACAGAUAUCUUCUGUUAGAGAGACGGUUAUCUAUCUAUUCAUUCAUUCUAGGAUAAACCUCAAACCCCCCAAAUUACUGAUACACUACUACACAAACUAUCGAUCAAGAUUCAAGAAACAAACUCAACCUGGUUCUUGAAAAUAUAUAUAUAGACAGAUGGAAACAGAGAUGAAAUUGGACAAAUGGGGUUAUCAAGUAAGAACUUGUUCAGAUUCUUGCAUCUCUGCUAUCAACUCCUAUUAUCACCAGGUGCUUAGUUAUGGAAGGAAAAGAUCAGUAAUAAUGGAAGCCCCAAAGAGUGAUCCAGAGUGUGUUUUAGGGAAUAUUCUGGCUGCCCAUUUUCUCUGCUCCACCGGUUCUUCUCGUGUUCCGUUGCUAAUCGAUACCGCCAAGUCAUUUCUUGAGUAUGCUAGUUCAUACGAGAAGGCGGUUUUCGAAUGUGUUAUGUAUUUAAUUUCUCCGGAUCGAGACGAUGACCUGGCUGUGGAUCUGCACUCGAAGCUUUUACGAGAGUUCCCUCGAGAUCUCGUGUCACUAAAGAGAGCUCAAGUGCUAUGCUUUUAUAUGGGUCGGGCAGAUCUAUCUUUGAAACUCGUCGAACAGGUCCUGCCGAUGAAUAGCCAUGAGGAUUAUAUAUACGGCAUGCUUGCAUUUCCUUUACUAGAGCUUGGUCGAAUGGAAGAAGCGGAAAAGGCCGGAAAAACGGGAUAUGAGAUCAACGAAAACGAUACUUGGUCACAGCAUGCUAUUUGCCAUGUUUACCAGCACGAGUGUCGUUUCAAAGAAGCAGUCGAGUUCAUGAAUAAUUGUUCAAGAUCAUGGAGUUCUUUGUCAUCUUUUAUGUAUACACAUAACUGGUGGCACGUGGCUCUGUGCUACUUGGAAGGACAUGCUCCCAUGGAAAAAGUUAGGGAAAUUUACGACGAAUGCAUUUGGAAAGAAUUGGAAAGAAGUGAUGCAAUUCCGCCAGAGGUGUACUUAAAUGCCAUUGGUUUGUUGUUGCGCGUGUAUAUUCGAGGCGGACACGAUAUUUUCGGGGACCGGCUAAAGAAGUUAGCCGAUUGUUUGACGGAUCAAACCGUUUGGUUUCUGGAGUGGCACCUUGAUAUAUUGAUAUUAUGGGCAUUGUCGCAUACGGGAGAAUUAAAUAAAGCUGAAGAUCUACUCAACGGCUUGAAAUCCAGGGUUUCCAUAAUGACCAAGAAGAAACAACAGAUAAUGCAGAAAGGGCUGAUAAUGCAGAAAGGGCUUUCACUUGCAGAAGCUCUUCAUAAAUACGGGAAGGGCGACUAUACGGAGGCAUUGGAACUUCUUGGGCACGACUUUGAUGCCAUUAACUACAAGAUAAUCGGAGCAUCUGACGAACAGCUUGAUGUAUUCACUGAAGUACAUAUAAGUUUGCUGCUAAGCACCGGCAAAGCACACAUAGCUACACAAGCUAUUGAAAAACAGUUGAAGGAACGGGAGGGUGCACCGUUCUUAUGGUUUCUCACGGAGAAGGCUUAUUCGAUAUUAGGAAAGGACGCCGAAGCUGCAAGUUAUGGCGAGAAAGCUCGGAAGUUAGAAGCUACACACUUCACUUAGCUAAACUUGACAAUUUUCGUACCUACUACUAUAGCCCGGAAAAAUGUUGAGAUGAGAUGAAUAAACGGAAAUUUUCGAUAAACGGCAAUUUUCGAUAAACUUAUAAAUAAUAAAUAAAAAAGGCAAUUGUCUUCUCCGUGUAAUUCCACGUGGUUAAUGAAUUUACAGUCGUCGUUCUUGUUUGUCGAUGUUAUACUUGGUGAAGGUUUCUCUUUAAUAAGUUGUUUUAAUAAUUUUUUUAA